CAGAGCUAGAAACCUCUUUACUCUCUUAGUCUGUAGAGGUAAAAAUAAGAAUGAAAAAUAAGUAAAUAGUGAAAAUCUUUCUGUCUCCUCAUGGCAGGUCACUGCUGUCAGAUCUUUGCAUUGUGGGUGCAGUACAAUGGCAGGGGCUCUGGAUCAUUACAUGGGAACUCGGUGGCUUUUCACUGGACAUUUAUACAGUUAAGUGAGGCCGUAGGGCCCAGAAUAAUUUUUAUCCUUUGUGCAACAUAAUUUGUGGGAAAAUUUUCCUUCUCCUGGUUAUGAGCAGUAUUUCCUUCUUGGUGCUCUGUACGGAAUGGCAUCUAUAGCAUUAAUGCUUCUCUUCUGCAGUGCGGUAUUAUAUUCAGGAGUUAGAGCUCAGGUGAGAUGGAGGCAGUAUCUGCUGCUCUCUUCUCCACCCUCUGCCUUAAUGUCACUCUGAAAUGAGACAUGUCUUGCUGCUUUGGGCAUGGCCUGUCUGGGACCAAAAGGUUGGUCAAAGCCAGGGUGAGAGGAAGUAACAAAUCAUGGAGUUUGCUGGCUCUCUCAUCUAUUGAUCAACUGUGACUUUUAUCAGGGACCUGCAUCUCUAAUUUCCCUAAUACUGAAUGCAGCCUGUGAGCCUGAGGCAGGCUGUCUGCAUCUCCUCUCUUUAAGAUGCUCUGCAAGUGCCUGUGACUGAAUAAAGCUAAGUGAGCCCAUGUCCUGUGGUGUGACCUGGCCUAGAGCACAUCCCAGGUUUCUGAUCGGGGAUGGGGAAGGACCAUGUGUCUGCACUGUGUUUCUUUGUGACAACUGCAUUGGGAAGGGCUGGCAUCCAACAAUUACAGCAUCAAAAUCUAUUCACGUGGAAUGGCACAGGUUAAAUCAGGAGCAAAUACCUCAGCAUAUAUGGCAUACAUGCCAUACAGCAUGUACAUGUCUGUAUUGGUUAUAGGAUGUCCCAAAACCACAGGUGGUUUAGCAGCUGGGAUUCUUCCCUAAGUUUUAAUCCUGGAGGGGAGGCAGGAUGCAGAAAAGAACAAAAUUAGGCUAAACUGCUUUCCUGUGGGCAUUGCAAAAGGCAGGUUCUUUUGGAGAACUGUAUCUGUACAGGGAGAAGGGAUUUCAAGAGAGAAACAAGGACAUAGGGAACCAGAUUAAAAAGCUUGCUGUGGGAGUACUAAGCAGGAGAUGAACAUGGACCUGAGCUGUGUGACACAUUCUUAUGUGUCUGUAUUGGGGCCAGGAAGGAGCUGGUACCUAAGAGGCAGGGGAGAGGCUGUUCUUGCCACCUCUCCAAGAUGCAGCAAAGCAUGAAGGCAGGCAGAAUUUUAUGCUCUAACUUUGAUCAGCAAUGGCCCUUUAAGGCAGAGCAGGGUGUGCAGUAUGGACACUGCCCAGUCCAAACCCAGCAGCCACGUGAACUCUCCCCAGGUGGGCAGUGCCAGGCUGGCACAGCUAGGCCCCCUCACCCUCCCCAGUGACAGAGGGAGUCUGAUUGAACUUGCUGGCUCCCACUCACUCUGCCCCAAUUUUCCUCAGGACAAAUGAGAAGAACCUGUCUCCAAGUGCAAGAUUUUGGGAAUAUGUGUCAGAGAUGCCUGUCAGUAAAACAUCCGUCUUGCCCUAAUUUCUGCAUGGAGUGCUGCAAUGUCGAGUGAAAUAACCUUCCAAGCUGGCUCUGGUGCAGAGGCAGAUUCGGAUGCUCUGGACAUCAGCACCAAAGUGCAGCUGUACGGAGUGCUCUGGAAGAGACCCUUUGGGAGGCAGUCAGCCAAAUGGUCCAGGAGCUGCUCUUCAUAAUAUUUGAGUGCUGCAGAGAUUUAGACCAGAUUGAAACUAAGUCAGUAUCUCUUCCCUGUACCAUUGCCUGCAGAGUACGUGCAACCUCAAUUUUUGAAGAGAGGAGGAGCCCUCCCAGGGGCAUUUCAAAAAUCCAAAUAAGUUAAAGGUGGCACUCCUUUGAUCAUAAUUUUGAGGACAUACUCAAAUUCUUCAUCAUUAAGGAAAGCUUCCUGCUAUACUAUGCUGAGAGUGAGAAGAAGAGUUUUGAAAGCAAUAAAUACUUCAACAUCCAUCCCAAGGGUGUCAUACCCCUGGGAGGCUGCAUUGUGGAGCCCAAAGAAGAGGCCAACAUGCCCUAUGCCAUAAAGAUCUCUCAUGAAGACUUCCAUGGUAACAUUGUUCUAGCAGCCGAAUCAGAGUUUGAGCAGGCUCAGUGGCUGGAGAUGCUACAGGAGUCUGGAAAAGUGACCUGGAAGAAUGCCCAACUGGGAGAAGCCAUGAUCGAGAGCCUGGAAGCUCAAGGACUACAGCUGGCCAAGGAGAAACAGGAAUAUUUAGAUAAACUAAUGGAAGAAACAGAAGAGCUAUGUCUGCAGAGGGAGCAAAAAGAGGAACUCGAGCGUCUGAACCAGAUCCUGGAAGCAGAGAAGCAGCGUUUUGAAGAGGUGGUGCGGGAGCUGCGGCUGGAGCAGGAGGAGAUCCGACGGGAGCUGGAGCUCACAGCCCGCUCCCUUAAAGGAGUGGAGGAAGAGAAGAAAGAGUUGCGAAGCCUGACAGAGUCCUUACAGAACACCCUGGAGGAGCUCUCCCUGGAAAAACAACAAAUGCUGGAGAUGCUGGAAGAAAAUGAGAGCCAGAUCCCACCUCCAACCAGCCCCAGCAAGGAGCAAAGCCCCAUCUGGGGACUGCACUGCAGCCUGCGACAGAUUGAAGAGAAGAUGCAGCAACUUCUGCAGGAGAAACUCCUGGCAGAGAAAAGGAUGAAGGAGAAUGAGGAGCGGUCUCGAGCACUGGAGGAGGAGCGGGAGUUUUACUCUUCCCAGUCGCAAGCGCUGCAGAACUCGCUCUCGGAGCUGACUGCAGAGAAACAGCAGGCAGAGAGAGACCUCAAGGCUGAAGUGAAGGUACGCAUGGAUCUGGAGAAGAGAUUGAGAGAGGCUGAGGAAGCCUUGCAGAGCUUGGAGCAAGGCUUAAAUUCCCUGAAUUGCAACAAGGAGAAAGAGAAGAAGAUGAAAGCAGAUGUCAGUAACUUGAGAAAGUUCUUUGAGGAGUGCAUCCGCAACGCCGAGCUGGAGGCCAAGAUGCCUGUGAUCAUGAAGAACUCCGUGUACAUCCACAAGGCUGCCACUCGCCGCAUAAAGAGCUGCCGCUUCCGCUGCCGGAGAACCAGCACUUCCUGGAAUGACAUGAAACAGUCACAGUCCUUCAUCUUCUCACAUGCAGAAGCUGAAAACAUUGAAGAGCUGAAAGAAGCAGCCAAAAGACUCAGCCGGGACCAGCGCUUUAGGAAAACUAUCUAUCAAAUCAUGAGGUCACAAAAGGAUUCUGCUUCAGGGGACAAAAAGUGACUCUUUCUGGGAGGGGGCUUCUGAGAUCAACCUGCCAUUCAGCUCCACAAGUUACAGCCUUGGGCAUUAGGCUCAGAAGGGAGAUCUGGCAUUUGGUGAGGAAGGUGGGGGAGAGUUUUAUGUGGGCAAUCCCUUCAGUUAUUGGCUUUGCUUUCGUUUGAGUGCUCCCUGCAGCCUUGCAGACCUUCUCUGCUGACCACUCCAGACCUGUUUGCUUCAGCUGCUUACGUUAAGCCAUGUUUGGCCAAGAUGUCACAGUCUGUGUUAAAGUGAACCAGAGACUGUAGCUUAGGGAGUGCCUCUCCUUUCCUUCCCUGUCUAGUGUGUCUGCCAAACACAAGUGCUUCUGAGGAAACCUUUAGCAGCCUAUGUUCCAGCUAGCGUAAUCUCCUCAGCUGAGCACAGCUCACCCUUUUCUACCUGAUCCCCUCUAGGACUUGGCUUGCUGCACACCCUCAGUCAAUCAGCACUACGGUGGGACAUAUUUCCUGAAGGCUGCAGCAGUCCCAGCCUCCCAAGCACAGGCAAAAGUAUCAAACACAGGGCCAAACUUUUUGUCUUGAUGCUACAUCAUUUCAAGCAAACAGCAACAACACAAGGUGAAGACAACAGGAGGAUGCUAUGGAUUUGGGUCCAAGGAGGAUCAUGUACAGAGGAGAGCUUAUAGGUAAUUCAAUGGCAUUGAUGGAAGCUGGAGGGAGUGUUCUGUUGUGUCGAUGGUGGACAGAACAUUCCAGUGCCACCUUUGCACACUUUUUGCAAUUGCACAUCUAGCUGUGUCAGAGCAGGGGAAUAUGUGCUAGGGAAGGUGUUAGCUAUUGGCUAUCUAUACCUCAGUGUGAAGAAGCCUUUGACUCAGUUUUGAUGGCUUCCUCAACACCUCUGUGAGGUGAGUUGGAGGGCAGGAGGGUGAGGACUGUCCAGCAUCAAAACCCACUGCCACUUCAGGCAAGCUCUAAGGGCUGUGGAAGCAGAGUACAGGAGAGGAGUCACUUUGUGGAGCCCCUUGCAGCCUCCCCCACCUAUUUUAAGCAAGCAGUUGGCUAAUAAUUACCCAUGCUGUAGAAACAGCACUGCCUGGUGCUUACAGACCGCAGGACAAGCACGCUUAGAGUGACGCCCUGUUUUCUCCUGCAUAUUAAUUAGGAAAUUAAGAAAUGGACAAUGCAAAGGUGAAUGAAGUAAGAAGCAGAAGUACAGUUAGGGGUUAGGAGGUGGUAAAGUGCAGAUUUACUUUACCGUUCAUGGCAUUAGGACCCCUGGGUGGUAUGUACAUCCAGUGGCACACAGGUAGUUGCUUGCUACUGUCCCAUUCAGACUGUGACAUUUUCUACUCACAGCCUUUGGCUGCUGGCCACCUAUAUAAUUCCCUACCAAUUUAGUGUUGUUCCUUUGGAGAAGUCAAGGAUGAGGCUGGGAAGCAAGCCUUGUCUUACCAGCUGGAGGAGAGUGGUUAAUGCUGGGUGGAGGAACAUCCUGUAACAGUGUGAUGCUCCUGGAUGGAAUCACUCUAGUGUGACCAGAGCAAAAGCUUUGAAAGCACAGCCUGUACUUCCCAUUUCAGUCAGUUACUGACUGGUAUCCUUCUGCCAGUCAUUGGGAGGUUUCAUCCAGUCAGAGGAUCCAGCUCUGAAGAAGGAUGUUUUUGUGAUAAUAGGUGAUAUGGUAGGAGAAGAUUGUCUCCAUCCUUCCUUAGCAUACCUGAUCCUUCUGUGGUUUAUCUACUUCUGUUUAUAUGCUAGAAAGCCACAAAUGAAUUCUUGCUCCUACAAGGCUGAAGGGCUGUGAUAAAGAAGCAAUACAGAAAUGUUUUUUUCCUUUAUGCUGCUCCCAAAUCAUCUCUUGCUAUUUUUCAGUUACAAGGUCUAUAUUAGGUGAUGCUGGAAGGGACAGAAUGAAGGAUAGCUUGGGAAUGCAUCUGUAAUUCAGGCAGUUAGAAAAUCACCCUGUGGCCUGUGAAUACAGCAUUUUUAUUCUAUUACCAUCAAAGCCAUAAUCUCUGACUCAUCAGAAGUAUUGUAUGCAGGAGGUAGCCACAUCAGGUCUUCCUUUACUGUGCAUAUUGACAGCAAUAAGUAAAUAAAAGUUAUGCUGACACUAGAA